AUGGCCACAAUUUCUGCUCAACAAUUCACAUCAUCCAUCUCAAUCAAGCCUCUCAUCCAUCUCAUCCAACUAAAGACAAUAUGGGCCCCUAUGCAAUGCGUGGCUAUCGCUCCUCUCGACGGACCUUUUUCCGAGGCUUCGAUCCUCGACACGCAUACGGUCUUCGUGGAGGUUUCCGCCACGGUGGAAUGGGCGGCGCACUCAAAGUCGCUUUCCUAGGCACAUUCACCUAUUUGAUCGCGAAGCAAUUCUCCCGUGUCCACCUGCCGGUUUCAAUGGCCCUACUCAGCCAGUUUCACAACACGCUCAAUACCCCCCCGGGUACACGGUAUCAGUACCCUGUGCAACCAGCCUCAAAUCUUUCCAGUGGAGGUCCAGCAUCACCGGAGUGA